UGCUAACCCCCUAUUUGUAAUAGUGUAAUCACCUAAAUGUAAAUGUUCGCACUGAACUCUGGGUAAAGCAUCAUGGCCGAAACGCGUUUCUAAAAAGGAUUUUUCAACAAAACUGGUCGUUUUUUGUACCUUCUGAGGCGAACGUCAGACAAUUUAUACCACCGGAAGAAACAUAGAGACCUGUGAAAAUGUCGGACCACUCCAUGUCGACUCCCAGCCAAUCGCAGCACACCAGCAGUCUGGACCAAUCAGGCGACACGUUGAGCCUGAGCAGCUCCCUGAACGACAGCACAAGUCUGUCCAUCUCCAUGUCUUCUGACUUGUCCAAAAUAUCCACUCCAGGUAGCACACCUGUAACUCCAGGUACGUCUAAGAUGACUCCGCCCCUCCCGAGGUCCACGCCCGUCUCCUCCCAGCUCACCAAGCGCCGCAGUUCCUCCCGCUCCAUCAAAAGAAAGAAGUUCGAUGACGAGCUCGUCGAGAGCAGCCUGGUGAAGACCACCAAGGUUCCCGCCCGCCCGACGACGUCUACGUUACCGGCAACACACACCCCACACUCCCAUGUCAUCACAGUCCAGCCGGAGAAGAAAAAGGUCAAGGUUUCAAAAUCAUCACAGAAAAGGGCCAAGAAGCCUAAGCCAAUCCCAGUAACUAAAGACCUGGGCAGGUGGAAACCACAGGAUGAUCUGCUUCUCAUCAAUGCAGUGCAACAGACAUGUGACCUGAAGUCAGUCCACCUGGGAGUGAAGUUCUCCUGUAACUUUACCCAGAAGGAGGUAGAAGAGAGGUGGUAUGCACUGCUGUAUGACCCAACUAUAUCCAAACUUGCAGUCCAGGCCAUGAGAAACCUCCACCCAGACGUGGUAGCAGCCAUCAAUGCUAAGGCACUCUACAGUAAAGAAGAGGAGAGUCUCCUGGCUAAAGUUACUUCAACCAGCCAGCCCACAGUGGACGUAUUUGCAGACCUCCUACAGAAACAUCCUGACGUGUUUCACCUCAGCAGAACUCCCAAGGUGCUCCACACACACUGGCUCCAGAUGAAACAGUACCACUUAUUGGCUGAUCAAACAGUUCAGCCCCUGCCCCGUGGGGACCACAUCCUCAACUUCUCCGAUGCUGAGGACAUGAUCAACGACGAGGAACUCAAGGAAACGAAAGACGAAGUUCUGGAACAUGAGUUGGCGAUCUCGGACAGGAGACAGAAGAGAGAGAUCAGGUUCCUGGAGCAGGAGAUUCCCAAGUGGCAGGUGCUGGUGGAUGCUGUCACAGGUAUCAGCCCACCAGACUUUGACAACCAGACGUUGGCUGUCCUGAGAGGGAGACUGGUACGAUACCUCAUGAGGUCAAGAGAGAUAACACUAGGAAGAUCUACAAAAGACAACACCAUAGACGUCGACCUGUCCCUCGAGGGCCCGGCCUGGAAGAUCUCCAGAAGACAGGGUGUCAUCAAACUGAAGAACAACGGGGAUUUCUUCAUCAUGAACGAGGGGAAACGGCCCAUCUAUAUCGAUGGGAAACCUGUUCUUAACGGGCAGAAGUGGAAACUCAACAAUAACUCUGUAGUAGAGAUCUCAUGUUUGCGGUUUAUCUUCUUGAUCAACCAAGACUUGAUCAACGUGAUCCGAGCAGAGGCUGCCAAAAUGACUCAGUGACACAACACAACACAACAGCAGUGUCCUGUUGUAUAUACAUGUAUCUAUAAACAGCCAUUCUUGUGAAUGUACAUAGUAGAAUUAAGCCCUUCUUGUGAAAUGCUAUUUUUUGUAUUGAACAUCUACACCAGUAAGAAUGACAAAAAAGUGAAAACAGUAAUCAUGAAGUCCAUGAAAGUUUACAGCUUCAUGUCAGAGCUAUAAAAUUAUGUCAGAUGAUGUAGCACUGUAUGUAUUUAUAUACAUAAUGUACAUUGUUCUGAGUAUUGUUGGAGUUUGUCGUCUGUUGUUCGGGGUCUGUUGCUUUACAGAAACAUACUGUUUCAAGAAAAUAAAGCAGAGAUUUAAUCUUUGAAAACCAUAAACUUGAAGUAACUGUUGUUUUUGUUUAUUUCAACAGAAUUUGUGGGUGGGGUUGUAGAAUAAGCUCCAAUGCAGAGUAUUCAAUUCACUCAUUGAAGUUCCUAGUGGAACAAAAUAAGUUUUAAAUACAGGCACUUUGAUCAUGCAAACAUACAAGUGAUAAUAUCAAUAUUUAGUACAAUACUAUAUACCAGAAUACUAGAUGUAAGUGCAACAAAGAAUCUUUUUUUUUUUUACAUCUCAUAUCACCAAAAUGAAGAUAGAAGGACUGAAAUAUAUAUUACAUCUAUAUUUAGGGAAUAGCAGGAAUUCUACAGAAUAGGUUAUGCCUUUUUACCUCGUAUGAAGGCUACGUACAAGUAUUUGCACAUGUGAAGGUGUGAACUCCUGUUGCAGUGUUGUUGUAGGCCUCGCAUCUUCCAAAUGUCAUAACUGCCUCUAAAUACUUGUUCGGCAUCAAUCGUUCUAUCGUCUCCACCUGGUAAGAACAUGGUAGUGAGGUUGAUACUGUCGAUAUUGACAAGUUUGCAGCAGUGUGUUUCAGUUUGUGGUGAGGUGACUUUUUACAGAAAAUUCAUCAUGCCACAAACAUGCCACAACUUUUAUUGUGUUACUAAUGUUCAUUUAACCAGGAACCUAAAGAUACAGUGAACAGUGCCAUAUUUAAGGCGUUUAAUGUAUGUACUCUGUUUACCAUACUCUGUUACAACUCAUAAGAAGGGAAGCACACUACAGCUCUACAAUGUUGCUGAUUAAGUUUUGAUUGCUAUUGCCCGUCAACCAACUUGAUAUAAAGAAGACUUUA